AUGGCGGUUUCCGAAGAGGAAUGCUCUUCGGCGAAGUCCGGUCCCUCUUCGUCUUCCUCCGCCUCGCGCUACUAUCUCUCCAAAUGCGUCCUCAGAGGAAGCGUCGUUCUUCAGGUCCUCCACGCUCACAUCCGUUCUCCCUCCUCAAAUGACAUCGUUUUCGGCAAGGAGACGUCUAUUGAAUUGGUGGUUAUUGAGGAGGAUGGGAAUGUACAAUCUGUAUGUGAUCAGCCUGUCUUUGGCACCAUCAAAGAUCUUGCCAUAUUGUCUUGGAACGAAAAAUUUCGUGCACGUGAUCCUCAGCUGUGGGGUAAAGACCUUUUGGUUGCUACAUCUGAUUCUGGGAAGUUGUCGCUGCUCACAUUUUGCAAUGAAAUGCACAGGUUUGUUUCUGUAACACAUGUACAGAUUUCUAAUCCUGGAAACCCAAUGGAUCUUCCUGGAAGAAAGCUAGCGGUUGAUUCCAGUGGUUGUUUUAUCGCUUCUAGUGCAUACGAAGAUCGGCUGGCUUUGUUUUCUAUGUCAAUGGCCAGUGGUGAUAUCAUUGAUGAGAGAAUUGUAUAUCCUUCUGAAAGUGAAGGGACUCCAAGUUCUUCCAGAAGCAUCCAUAGAACCAGUAUACGUGGUACUAUUUGGAGCAUCUGCUUCAUUUCACAAGAUUCCAGACAACCAAGCAAGGAGCAUAAUCCUGUACUAGCUGUUAUUAUAAAUAGGAGAGGAUCACUUCAAAAUGAAUUGCUAUUGUUGGAAUGGAAUGUUAAAGCACACAAAAUAUUUGUUAUUUCUCAGUAUGCUGAAGCUGGGCCUCUAGCAUAUGACAUUGUUGAAGUUCCUAAUGCUGGGGGACUUGCAUUUCUAUUCAGGACUGGUGAUGUUCUCUUAAUGGACCUUAGAGAUCGUCGCAACCCAUCCUGUGUCUAUAAGACUAACUUGAACAUUCUACCAAAUGCUUUGGAAGAACAGACUUAUGUGGAUGACUCUUGUAAAUUACACGAUGUUGAUGAUGAACGCUUUAAUGUUGCUGCCUGUGCUUUGUUGGAGCUGAGUGAUUAUGAUCCUAUGUGCAUAGACAGUGACAAUGGUGGUGCUAAUUCAGGUUACAAAUAUGUAUGCUCGUGGAGUUGGGAACCUGAAAAUAAUAGAGAUCCUAGGAUGAUCUUCUGUGUAGAUACUGGGGAAUUUUUUAUGAUUGAAGUUAUUUUUGAUUCUGAAGGCCCUAAAGUUAAUCUGUCAGAGUGUCUCUAUAAAGGUCUACCCUGUAAAGCACUUUUGUGGGUUGAAGGUGGAUAUGUAGCUGCCCUUGUGGAAAUGGGGGAUGGUGUGGUCCUGAAAUUGGUAGAUGGAAGGCUAUGCUAUACAAACCCUAUUCAAAACAUUGCCCCAAUCUUGGAUAUGGCAGUGGUGGAUUAUCGUGAUGAGAAACAUGGUCAAAUGUUUGCUUGCUGCGGUGUGGCUCCAGAGGGGUCAUUAAGGAUAAUUCGAAAUGGUAUUAAUGUGGAAAGUCUACACAGGACUGCUUCUAUAUAUCAAGGUAUAACUGGUACUUGGACUGUCCGAAUGAAAGUUACUGAUUUACAUCAUUCUUUUCUAGUUCUAUCAUUUGUUGAGGAAACCAGAAUAUUGUCAGUUGGCUUAAGUUUUACUGAUGUGACUGAUUCAGUUGGUUUCCAACCUAAUGUCUGUACUUUGGCAUGUGGCCUUGUGACUGAUGGUUUACUCGUUCAGAUCCACCAAUCUACUGUUAAGCUUUGUUUGCCCACUAAGGCUGCUCAUUCUGAAGGUAUCUCAUUGUCCUCUCCUAUUUGCACAUCUUGGUCUCCAGACAAUGUGAGCAUCAGUUUGGGGGCAGUUGGGCAUAAUUUCAUAGUUGUGUCAACCUCUAACCCAUGCUUUCUGUUUAUCCUUGGGGUUAGAUUACUAUCAGCUUAUCAAUAUGAAAUUUAUGAAAUGCAACAUUUGGUACUUCAGAAUGAAUUAUCAUGCAUUUCCAUCCCUGGACAAGAAAUUGAGCAAAAACCAUCGAAUUCGUCCAUUUCAGCAAAUAAUAGUAACAUCUCUUUCCAAAGUGGAGUGGACAUUAAUAAAACCUUUGUUAUCGGUACACACAGACCUUCUGUGGAAAUUUGGUUUUUUGAACCUGGUGGAGGAAUUACAGUAGUUGCUUGUGGGACAAUUUCAUUAACAAAUACAAUAGGGACUGCCAUAAGUGGUUGUGUACCUCAAGAUGUACGGCUUGUAUUUGUUGAUAAGUAUUAUGUUCUUGCUGGGUUGAGGAAUGGAAUGCUCCUUCGCUUUGAGUGGCCAGUGGAACCGUGUCCUUCAUCAUCAAUAAAUAUGGUGGAUACUGCUUUAUCUUCUAUAAAUUUGGUAAAUUCUGUGGCUAAUGCUUUUGACAAGAGAAAUGACCUUCCUUCAAUGCUUCAAUUGAUUGCCAUUCGACGCAUUGGCAUUACUCCAGUUUUCUUGGUGCCACUGGGUGACACACUGGAUGCUGAUAUAAUUGCUCUCAGUGAUAGGCCUUGGUUGUUGCAUAGUGCCAGACAUAGCCUUUCCUAUACUUCUAUAUCAUUUCAACCAUCUACGCAUGUAACUCCUGUUUGCUCGGUUGAGUGUCCAAAAGGAAUAUUAUUUGUCGCAGAGAACAGUUUACAUCUGGUGGAGAUGGUUCACAGCAAGAGACUUAAUAUGCAGAAGUUUCAUUUAGAUGGAACUCCACGGAAAGUCCUGUAUCAUGAUGAAAGCAAGAUGUUGCUUGUGAUGAGGACUGAACUGAAUUGUGGUACAUGUUUGUCUGACAUAUGCUGUGUGGAUCCCCUUAGUGGGUCGGUACUGUCGUCUUUUAGACUUGAACUUGGAGAAACAGGAAAAUCCAUGGAAUUAGUAAGAGUUGGAGGUGAGCAAGUGCUUGUUGUUGGAACUAGCCUGUCUUCGGGUCCAGCUGUAAUGCCCAGUGGUGAAGCUGAAAGUUGCAAGGGUCGUCUUCUUGUUCUCUGUCUUGAUCAUGUGCAAAAUUCAGAUAGUGGUUCAAUGACAUUCUGUUCAAAGGCAGGGUCAUCAUCUAAAAGAACUUCACCGUUCCAUGAAAUUGUUACACAUGCUCCUGAACAGUUAUCAAGCAGUAGCCUUGGCAGCAGUCCUGAUGAUAAUAGUUCUGAUGGCAUCAAACUUGAUGAAAACGAAGUAUGGCAGUUCCGACUGGCUUAUGAAACGAAAUGGCAGGGAGUUGUUUUUAAAAUCUGUCCAUAUCUUGAUCGUUACUUUUUGGCAUCCGCUGGCAAUGCUUUCUAUGUUUGUGGUUUCCCUAAUGACAAUCCUCAAAAAGUGAGAAGGUAUGCUAUGGGAAGGACGCACCACAUGAUAACAUCUUUAAGUGCACAUUUUACAAGAAUUGCAGUUGGUGAUUGUCGUGAUGGUAUCAUUUUAUUUUCUUAUCAUGAGGAAGCAAGAAAAUUGGAGCAACUUUGUUGUGAUCCAUCACGAAGGUUAGUUGCUGAUUGCAUCCUGAUGGAUGCUGAUACUGCUGUAGUUUCGGAUCGUAAAGGAGGCAUUGCUAUUUUAUGUUCAGAUCAUUUGGAAGGUAUGCUUGAACUAAGCCUUUCUCUUUUGUAA